GAUCUCCCUGCCGAUUCGCACUCGAGAUGACCCGCAGCCACAGCCACAGCCGCCGCAAUCACCUUCAGAUGCUUUCUUCAACCCAGACGGUGGCAACUAUAACCCGGCAGUUCCGGCAGCAAGCUCCGUUCUCUCGCCAAUGGCAGCAUACUUCGAUGGCCCCGCCUCGUUCUUCAACAGCUCAAGCUCCGGAGCUAUGGGCUCUGACGGACGUCCGUCGCAGGUAGGGCAUGAUGCUCAGCACAAUGCUCAGCACAUGCCACAGGCUCGAGCACAGCAGUCUCAACAGGAACAGCCGCAGCGCCCCUCACAGAACCAGAGACAGGCUCAGAUUAUGCAUCCACAGAUGUGUGUGCAACCUGGAAUGGGGGCUCCGUUCAUGCCAUAUCCUCCGAAUAUGCCAAGCGGUGUGCCAAUGGCUCCAGUUUCACCUGGCUUGCAACCACCUAUGUGUAUGGCAGGACCAACAUUGUUGCAAUCCCGAACUCCUACACAAAGCCAAUCAAAGAAGAAGGACAGAGACGCAGAGCCAAAAAGGUCUGCACAAGGCCGUGCUCCGUGCCCGAUCGCUGUCUAUGUGGACUUAUCGUCUCUCCGACUUCGCGACAAGAAGUAG